AUGUUGAAUGAAAACAUUUCUGUUGAGCGACGACUGUGGACAGCUCAUCCGGAAAAUGAACUUGGUUUGGCGGCAGGAUUUUGGGAGAAGGAAGUGCUUGGCACCUGGGAGAACACAAAACAGAAGUCCAAGAGAUGGUGGAAGGCAGCAUGGAUUGCGAACUUCAGGAUGGAGCAGCGGACAUUCUGUUUUAUUCUACAGCGAUACGGCCAUUUGUUUGAGAGGCAAUCCACUCACCUGCGCCGCACUAUUCCCAGUAGCAAACGUCUGGCCAUUGCCCUCUACUACUUGUGCCACUCCGAAACGUAUAAUGAAUUGGCUGCAUUGUUCCAUGUGGGUGUCAGUACUGCUUCGUGCAUUGUGCAUGAUGUUGUGGAAGCUCUUGUUGGAGAGGUCACCAGAGAUAGCAUAUCGUUUCCUCAAGGAAAUCAGCUGUCGAAAGUGAUGCGCGGAUUUGAGCAAUUGUCAAAUUUACCAAUGUGUGGAGGUGCGGUUGAUGGUACCUUUGUGAGAAUCGUGAAGCCAGAGAUUCAUGGUGACACUUACUGGUGUUAUAAGCAGCACUCUGCCAUUAUCGUUUUUGCCUGUGUCGACCAUCAAGGAUGCUUUACAUUUGUUGAUGUCGGAACUCCCGGUAAACUCGGAGAUGCGGCUGUGUACAACAAGAGUGAGCUGAAGACCAAAGUGGAGCAGGGCAUCUGGCUGAACAGAGCUGUUUGGAGAGCUGGCAACAAAUACAUUCGACCAUUUUUGAUCGGUGAUAGUGCUUUCACCUUGAGCCCGUAUCUCAUGAAAAUUCAUGCCGGGGACAACUUGACUCCGCAGCAAUCAAGUUUCAACUUUGCACAAAUCCGGGCGCGCCGUAUUGUCGAGUGUGCAUUUGGUCGCCUCAAGGGACGGUUCACAGUUGUGUCACAUUCCAACUCCAAUGACCCAACUUUCAUGAGCAAAGCUGUUCUCCUAUGCUGCAGUCUCCAUAACAUCAUCGAGCGCAGAAAGAGAGGUUACCUGCCUAUUGUCCAGGACUAUGCACCUCAUCCCCUAGUUCCCAUGCAGCACUCUCCAGCUGGGCAAAUGCGGGAUGCCCUUGGCACCUAUCUCCGUAAUUUAAACUGA